AAUUUCCCUGUUUUCUGCCAUUUAAAGCUCCGCAUUAAAGCCCCGACCCUGAGAGGAUGUAGGUGUUCUCGGACCCGGAGCCGCGGCUGAUGGGGAACCUGGUGGGCAGCUGGCGCCUCAGGGAGCCGAGCAGCGUGCAGGACUGCGACUCCACCUGGGGAUCCGACUCGGAGGACGAGCCGGCCGAGGAGGAGCCCGGCAGCCCGUCGGAGGGAGAGCGGGGCCCGGCCUGGGCCGGGGAGGGAGACCCGCAGCUGACUGACUCCCCGGAGUUGGCGCCGAAGAUGAAGAGGAGUUUCUACGCCGCCAGAGACCUUUACAAGUACCGGCACAGCUACCCGAACUACAGGAAGUCCCGGCAGCCCAACGAGUACCGGAACCUGCGGUUCUACAUGAACAAGAUCCCGCUGGUGCCGGACGGUAUCUACGUGGAGGAGAUUCUCACCAAGUGGCGCGGCGACUACGACAAGCUGGAGCACAACCACACCUACAUCCAGUGGCUAUUCCCCCUCAGAGAACAAGGGCUCAACUUCUACGCACACGAACUGACUCAGGACGAGAUCAAGGAAUUCCAAAGCACUCGAGAGGCCAAGCGGAGGUUCCUGGCCGCCUACUCCCUCAUGUUGGACUUCUACGGGGUCCGGCUGCUGGACAAGAGCGGAAACGUGGCCCGAGCCUCCAACUGGAAGGAGCGUUUCCAGCACCUUAAUGAAUCGCACCACAACUACCUGCGGAUCACGCGGAUCCUGAAGUCUCUGGGCGAGCUGGGCUACGAGGCCUUCAAGGCGCCGCUGGUGCGGCUCUUCCUGGAGGAGUCCCUGUGCGCCGGGACGCUCCCCAACAUGCAGCACAGCGUCCUGGAGUACUUCGUCUACACCGUCCGCCUGCCGGCCACCCGCCGCCGCCUGCUGCGCUUCGCCCGCCAGCACUACCGGCCGGCCCACGCCUUCCUCUGGGGCCCGCCGCCCAGGAAACGGGCCGGUGGCGCCGCUGGCGGCGGUGGCACCGGCGCCGGGAGCAGCGGGAUCCGGGCUCCCGCCCCGACGCCCGAGCCGCCGCGCAGGGCCGACGACAGCAGGAUCAUCCUGUCUUCCCACGACACCGUCAUGUGCCAGGACCCAGACCUCGGGUCGGGCUCGGCCCGGCUGAAGGGAGCGCUGAUGCUGGUCGGGGGCCGAGGAGAGCGGGUCGAGUACGACGAGAGCUUUCCCAUUUAGGGAAGUUGUUGGUUUUUCACCAGUCAGUGACUACGUUUACAUGCAGUCAAUAACCCUGACCGGAAUAUUAGCAAUAACCCGGUUUUGUACGGCCAUGUAAACACCAAUAACCCCUUUGAAUAACCGGAAUUUGCUCAUAUUCCGGUUUUUAAAAACCCCAAUAUGACCCCUGGGUUACUCCUUUUCUAACCCAAAUAUUUGGUCAUGUAAACGCCUAACGGGAUAUCCCCAUCAAACGGAACAGGAGUUUGUUUUCUGCGCAUGUUCUUUCGCAAGGAAUCUUGGUCUUUUGAGUCCAGGAAGUUCUUAUAAACACGGAGAAACACAAGACCAGGAGGAAACUAAUUCUUCAUAAAUGUAAUGAAGGAUAUGAACAUUUUGGCAUUUGUAGACGGUAGAAAGUACCGGGAUAGAAGAUUUACAAGAACGUGAGCCAAAAGUUGCGCAAAGCAGGAUUUGUAUGAACACCAGACCAGAUCAAGCACCACUGGAAGACGCUGAAAAAGGAGAACUUCAGGGACAAGAAACAAAACGGUACCAGUGGGUCCGAUUAUCCGCCGUGCUGCUGUUAUUGUUGUUGUUUUGGAUUUGGAUACAGGAAGGAGAAGCGGAAAUGAAGGGAAUUGCAUCAUGAUGUUCUCCGUGCAUCGCUGGUUUGAUCCAGAUAUCCCAAAUGAUUAAUCACCAUGUAAACAGGGAUAACCCUGUUCGCUCACGCAUGGAAAAGGAAUAUUCCCAAUGUUUCAGUAACUGGAAUAUUAGCAAUAACCCGAAUUUUGACUGCAUGUAAACGUAGUCAAUUUAAUUGUCCAGGAGAAACUCCCAGAACCUUCCAGAAGGAGACACAUCUGGACUGUUUUACACAAGAAUUAGUUCCAGUUAAGGGCUUAUCUUACACUUCCUGCAGGACACAAGUGACCAGAACCGGACGCGAGUCUCCACCCGAGGGUCCGAGUCCGAGCUGAACCGUCCUCCACCUCCUACACCUCUGAACCUGGACGGGAGGUUGCAGGACCGGGUCCAGCCGGGCCGACCCGUCCAGAGAACAUGGAGCUGUGUCACGCCAUGUUGCAUGCUGGGACGGGUCCUCUAAGAAAUACCACACAAUGUCCAAGUGAGGCGGGAAACUUCCCUCUGGGAACAUGAAAUCACGAGUUCAAUUCAAUUCAAUUCAAUUCAAUUCAAUUCAAUUCAAUUCAAUUCAAUUCAAUUCAAUUCAAUUCAAUUCAAUUCAAUUCAAUUCAAUUCAAUUCAAUUCAAUUCAAUUAUAUUCAAUUCAAUUCAAUUCAAUUCACUUUAUUUAUGCCCUAGAGCAGGGGUGUCAAAUGUGCGGCCCGAGAGAGAUUUCAAUGCGGCCCGCGAGAAGUUUCCAACGCAAAAAAACGAAAUGUUAAUUUACUAAAAAGGAAGGCAUAAAUAAUUGCCAUGAUUCGCAGCAUAUCCGAUAAUAUAUUUCUUCUACAAAUCCGUCGUUAUUCCACAAAUAGAGCAGUUUUCGACAUUUUAAAAAUUUUCUAGAAUGCAUUUGCCGAUUUUAUUUCUUUGUAGACGGCCGUUUAUUUUUAUUAACUGACUACUAUUCUAUAUUUUCGCAGGAAUAAUAUCACUGCUAAAAAAGAUGAUAGAAGAUAUUUAUUCUGAGAAUUUCAGUUUUGAAUACGGGGAUAGUGACAAAGUAAAACAGUUAAAAGAGAAGUGCUGACUUUUUCGGCACACUGGCGUAAAUAUCUGCGCCAAUUUUUAAAAAUAAAUAUACUUAAUUGUACUGGAAAAAUCUCUAAAUCACAAAGAAACAUUCUCGGAUGUAAUAAGAAAGUUUUGCUUUUCAUCAAAUUUCCUAUAAAAAAGCGAAAUAUAAAAAAAACAUACUUGUUUCUGUUUAUCUUUGUAAAAUGAAAUUAAAAGUAUCUUACAUAAUUUGAAAAAAAAACGAGAAAUUUCAAGAAAAGAUCCUGAAGAAAUAUAUUUUACAUAAUUAGAGUGUAAACAAAGUGCACAUUUCCUUUAAAAUUAACUAAACUGAUAUUGGAUUAGAUAACAAUAGUAAAAAAAAAAAAUUAGAAAAAAAAAAAAAGUUUGCACCGUUUUUGUUAUUUUGAGCAUGCAAAUCCAGCCCGCCAAGCAAAAUGAGUUUGACACCCCUGCCCUAGAGGCAAUUUAAAAGGCAUGACAGCAGCUUAAGGACAUACAAACAAACACAGAUAUUCAACAUUUAAAAUACGUGUGUUUUAAAGUGCACUUAGCUUUCUGGGGUCUAAAGGUUAAGAUGAGUAAAAAAGAAACAAUAAAUAGAUUAGAUUAAGAUGCUGAGUUUAGGAGCUGGACAGCUCUAGGGACGAAGGAUGACUUCCUCCUCUGCGCCAAUAACAUACAGAAUUCAGCAGCUGCUGCUGUUAUAAAACCACUUCCAGACAAUUGUGAUUUCAACGUCCGUCCGUCAAGUCCCUCGCAGACGGACUCUGAUCAGAACCCCCUGGGAUCUGAUCUGAUGUUGUUUAGCACUCAGGACUUCUCUCUGAACUCGGUGGCGUCCGGUUAUCCGGGGGACGUCCCAACCAUCCCAGGCGUGACACCAGCUUCACAUUCUCUGCAGACGUCGUCGGGAGCGACGCUGAUCAGGAACAAACGAGGAGGGGGAGGAGUCAGCAAUACUUAACGCAGGUUUUAACCGAAAAUCUUCGUUCUCUUGCGUUAACUGACGCACAACUAAACACCGACUCUGCGACGUCUCCCGUCUCCAGAGGCUGAAGGUAGCUAACUUCUUCCGAAAAUUGUACAAAAAUAAAGAGCAAAAAAGUGACUUUCUAGAAACGUUGAAGAACAAUAACUUUACUGGUAACCGUGGUGACGGCGAUGUUACUAAAAACGGAGGAACAGCGUUUCCACACGUGCUCAGUUUUACUCGUUAGAGCAGGUUAAUACGGUCAUCUGUUAGCAAACCAGUGAACGUCCGGCGUCCGGGUUGUGGUUUAUUUAGCCGUCUGCAAAGUUCGGUGCUCUCACGCCGUCGGCCGUGAUCGUCCUUCGCCAUCCGUACGCGCUUCUGUUCCCUCGCUAACGGCUCGUUUCAUGAACCCGCCCUUCGAAUAUUCAUCGUAGCCUCCAGCUGAAGUUCCGGAUACCAGACAGCGGUAGUUUGGACUGGGGACGAAUGAUCCUGAUACAUGUAGCCGGUUCAGCAGUGCCUUAAUUCUGCAGUUCAUAUAAGAGCCACCAGGAGGCGACACCUGUUUAGAGCAGACUGCUGCUCGCUGAAUAAAUGCGUCGGCGGUCGGAGGAUCCCAAUGUCCGUUUUAACACCGAUAGCAGGAAUAUCUCACGAGCGAGCCGAACCGAAGUCAAAAAGUUCAUGCCAUGUCGUCGUCUUUACACUGUCCAGAUGUUGAAGCCAUUACUCUCGGCGCGUGGCCUCUCCGUUUCCUCGGGCUUCCUCUCGUUAUCGUCACCUCAUCAAUCCAUCGGCUUCCGCUGCACAAAAGCUUCAAGGAGAAGUCGUCCGGGCUCCUAGCCGCUGCUUCCUUUUUACCGGACCUGACGCCGCGUCGCCUCACCGCACACGUGCAUUAUUUCAGAACAAUAACAAUAAAGUCUGAUAUACGGUGCAUUUAAAAUACUAACGCAAAAAUCUGGAUUCGGUCCUGCAGGGUGAACGUAGCGAGAUGCGAGGAAACGACUAACCACGUCCGUAAAUGUUCGUUACACCGUUAGGACGGUUUUUGAGCUAAAAAUAUAACGGCUUCUUUCGUAAUUGUAACGUUGCUAAAAUAAGACGGAACUGCUGCAAACGGUAAAACCAGUCGGCGGCGCUCCGGUUGAAACUCCGGAGCUCAGAACUUCCGAUUAGAGGCGGAACGCACUCUCGUUUUUUGUACGAUAGUUUUGCUGAUGUAAACAAAGCUACUGUAGCUAGUUAGUUUUAGCAGCGAUGCUAAUGAGGCUAAUAGUGAUUAGCAGGUUUAUUAUUACAUAUAGGACUGUCUCAGAAAAUUUGAAUAUUGUGAUUAAGUCCUUUAUUUUCUGUAAUGCAAAAAUGUCAUACAUUCUGGAUUCAUUACAAAUCAACUGAAAUAUUGCAAGCCUUUUAUUAUUUUAAUAUUGCUGAUCAUGGCUUACAGCUUAAGAAAACUCAAAUAUCCUAUCUCAAAAAAUUUGAAUAUUCUGGGAAUCUUAAUCUUAAACUCUAAGCCAUAAUCAGCAAUAUUAAAAUAAUAAAAGGCUUGCAAUAUUUCAGUUGAUUUGUAAUGAAUCCAGAAUGUAUGACAUUUUUGUUUUUUUAAUUGCAUUACAGAAAAUAAAGAACUUUAUCACAAUAUUCUGUCCUGUAUUCUUUAAAAUCGCUCCGAAGAAAAUGAUGUACUGAGUCAUCACGCUAGAUUUUCUAUGCCAGAAAAAAACUUUACCAUGUUUAUGUUAUACUUUAUGAAGCGAUACCGAUCCCGACCACAUGGGGGCAGCAGAUCACAUGACACAAAAAUAUGAGCCCAUUUUCUGAUUUUGUAACGUCACUUGGUCCCACUAGAUCACUAGAAAUUCACUUCUAUUCACCACACUGAGCCAUGCGCCCCCUUGUGGUCGGGGAUGAUAUUGCUGCAUAGCCUAGUUAUGAAAAAACAAAAAAAUGCAAUAGAUUAAAACAAGUGCAGCAGAAAGUCUCGUUAACGUAGCGCCGACAGUGAAAAGCUCGUUUUACGUAAAUAAAACCAGGAGGGGGAUUUUGAGCGACGUCUUCCUGCGUGAAGCUUCUCUGAUGUGAAAUAUGUAAUAAUAUAGUUUUCAGCCAUAUUUUAGCCUGUAAGUUUAAAACUUAAAAUAUUCAGUAUCUUAAAAAGCACAUAAGUGGUCCUGCUCACAUUAAUAAAUAACUGUAGUGACUCUUUUUAACUUUAAAGCCUCUGAGUUGUUUGUCCGGUUUAGUUGGACCUUUCAGGUGGAUUGUAAUAUAACACGGGCUCGAGUGUGUGUGUGUGUGUGUGUGUGUGUGUGUGUGUGUGUGUGUGUGUGUGUGUGUGUGUGUGUGUGUGUCAGGUAUUCUUAAGUGCCUCUUUUGUAUGUUUUAUUUUUAUCUGUAUGCUGUAAUGUCUUUACUAACUCACUUCUUCAACAUCCGGUUUUUUGUACAGCAUUUUGAUAUUUGAGUUAUUAUUUGCGUUAUGUUCAUGUACGAUUAUCGAUGUGGAGGAGGGAGGGGUGGAUCCUCGGUGAUACUUGAAAUUAUUUGUAUCAUUAAAUCAAAUGUGAUUAUUUCAGUGAUUAUUAUUAUUAUUAUUAUUAUUAUUAUUAUUAUUAUUAUUAUUAUUAUUAUUAUUAUUAUUAUUAUUAUUAUUAUUUUUGCUUGUUUUUCUUGUAUCCAAGUCGCUGUUACUGGAUGUUGCCCUGAAAUGUGAACUUUUGCCACAUUUUCUGUAUAAAACUUGGGGAUGUGAAUAAGUACUGGUCAUCUUAUGUGUUGAGGUUCUUCCAGAUGUUCUGUACACGAAUGCUGAUUAAAGUUAUUGAACAC